CGGGGCCGUGGGGGCCCAAGCAGGAAGUGGCGGAGAGGAAGCGGCGCCGCUGAGGGGCCCGAACGGGACCGGGAUCGGGAACCGGGAUCGGGAACCGGGAACCGGGAACGGCAUCGAGGAGCGGCAUCGAGAAGCGGGCAGCGGCAGCCGGGGAGCGGCCCCCGAGCGCGGCUCCAGCUCAUUCCCAGCCAUGGGGGACAUGAAAACCCCGGAUUUCGACGACCUCUUGGCCGCCUUCGACAUCCCCGACAUCGACGCCAACGAGGCCAUCCACUCCCACCACGAGGAUCCCGAAUCCCACGGGAAACAAAUCCCGGGAGACGCCGGAGCCGCCGGCGCCGCCGAGCACGUCCUGCCCCACCCGGACAUCUCGGCCGUCAGCGUCAUCGUCAAGAACACCGUGUGCCCGGAGCAGCUGGAAAACUUGGAUUCCCGAGGGAAGGAGGGGCACGGGAUGGCCCCGAGGCUCCUCCAGAACGGAUUCGGAGCUCCCGACGUUCCCAGAUCGCCCAAUUCCCGCUCCGGGGAGGCGCCUCCCAACGGGGAGUGCUGGGGCAAGGAGAAGAAUUCCAAGGCUUUGGAUUUGUUCUCGCAUUUCAGCCCCGAUCCCAACGAGGACGGCGCCAAUUUGAUCGACAGAUCCCGGGAAUGUAAAGGCAAGGAGAAAUCCCUGGCUGUGCCCUCGCUGGCUCCGUCCCCAACCCCGGCCGUGGAUCCCAAGAGAUCCCUGGGAGAAUCCUCGGAGGGGCUGGAUCCGCCUUUCCCGGCGCCGUUCCGGGCGGGAGCGGCCGGCGAGGGAUCCCACCCCGUUGCCCGCAUCAAGAAGGAGGAAUCGGACUCGGAGGAGGCUCCGGGCAGGAGCUCCAGCCCCAAGGGCUCGGUGUUGGAUCACCUGAAAUCCGUCAGCGUCCGUUAUUCCGCCGCCGAGGAUUCUCCCGCCGCGCCGUGGCCGGGAUCGGACGCGGCGGCGCCGGACGGCGGCGGCGGCGGCGGCGCCGAGGUCAAACGCUCGCCCGGGAGCCCUCGGGAAUCUUUCUCCUCUCCGGGAAUUCCCAUCCCGCCCUCUCCCAAGCAGCUCUCCCUGAAGGAAGAGCGGGAAAUGCUGGAGAAAUCCAUGGGGAGCCCCGGCAGCGUUUCCAGCGGCGAGGAGGAGGAGGAGGAGGAGGAAGAGGAGGAGGAGGAGGAGGAAGAAAACACCAACUCGCCCUCCUCCAGCUCCUCGCGGCCGCUCAAAGUCCGCAUCAAAACCAUCAAAACCUCCUGCGGCAGCAUCACCAGGACGGUCACCAGGGUCUCCUCGGACUCGGAGCCGCCCUCCGCCGCCACCCUGAGCCAGCAGAAUUCCCAGGAAUCCUCGGAAUUCCCGGCGGAGGCGGCGCCCAGGGAAAAGCCGGAGCUCCCCGGCGCUCCGAAGGGCGCGGAAGGGCCCAGGACGGUGAGCGUGCAGCUGGGCAACGGCACCAAGCUGAAGGGCACGGUGCUGCCGGUGGCCACCAUCCAGAGCGCCAGCAGCGCCAUGCUGAUCGCCGCCAGCGUGGCCCAGCAGAAAUCCGCCGCGCUCCCGGCAAAGAGCGGCAAAUCCGUGGCUAAAAACAUCCUCAGCUUGGUGCCGCAACCCCUCCCCAAAACCAACGGCGCCGCCAAAUCCGACGGCGGCGGCGGCGGCGGCGCGGCGGCGAAAUCGGCGCCCGGCGUGGCCGGCACCGUCAUCUCCCGCAGCCAAUCCAGCCUGGUGGAGGCGUUCAACAAAAUCCUCAACGGUAAAAACCCUCUGCCCACCUACCGGCCCAACCUGAGCCCGCCCGCCGAGUCCAGCCUGGCGCUGCCGCCCGCCGGCUACCGCUGCCUGGAGUGCGGCGACGCCUUCGCGCUGGAGCGCAGCCUGGCGCGGCACUACGACCGGCGCAGCAUGCGCAUCGAGGUCACCUGCAACCACUGCGCCAAGCGCUUGGUGUUCUUCAACAAGUGCAGCCUGCUGCUGCACGCCCGCGAGCACAAGGACAAGGGUUUGGUGAUGCAGUGCUCGCAUCUGGUGAUGCGGCCGGUGGCGCUGGAGCAGAUGAUCGGGCAGCCCGACGUGACGCCGCUGCUGGCGGUGGCGGCGGCGGAAGGAGGGAGCGCGGCGGCGGCGGCGGCGGCGGCGGCGCAGGAAACGGCGGUGCUGCCCUUGGGGACGGAGCAGAGCAGCUACAGCUGCUUCAGGUGUUUGGAGUGUAAGGAGCAGUGCAAGGACAAGGCCGGGCUGGCGGCGCAUUUCCAGCAGGUGACGGCGGGAGGAGGAAGCACGGUGUGCUCGGCGUGUCCCAUGAUCCUGGCCAACCGCUGCAGCUUCAGCGCGCACCAGCGCAUGCACCGCAGCCGCCCGCCCCACGUGUGCCCCGAGUGCGGCGGCAACUUCCUGCUGGCCAACUUCCAGAGCCACCUGCGGGAAUCCUGCCUGCACUUCUCCCGCAGGGUGGGAUACAGGUGUCCCAGCUGCUCCGUGGUGUUCGGCGGCGUCAAUUCCAUCAAGUCCCACAUCCAGAGCUCGCACUGCGAGGUUUUCCACAAGUGCCCCGUGUGUCCCAUGGCCUUCAAAUCCUCCCCCAGCGCCCAGGGCCACCUGUGCGCCCAACACCCGGCCUGCGGCGCGCAGCCCGCCAAGCUGAUUUACAAGUGUGCCAUGUGUGACACGGUGUUCACGCACAAGCCGCUGCUCUCGUCGCACUUUGACCAGCACCUGCUCCCGCAGCGCGUCAGCGUCUUCCGCUGCCCCCACUGCCCGCUGCUCUUCGCCCAGAAACGAACCAUGCUCGAGCACCUCAAGAAUUCCCACCAAGCCCCGAAAUCCAAGGACGACUCCUCCAAGAAAUCCCCGGCUCUGCUGACGCCCAAACCGGAACCUCUGGAAGCUCCGGUGGCCAAAAAUUCCGAGGAAUCCUCGAGCUCCACGGAGGAAGAGGAGCCCCCGAGCUCCCCGGAGCUGAGGAAGAGCAAACGGAGCCGAUUCCAGCGGAAAUCCGGGAAUAAAUCCAAGGGCAGCGGCUGGACCUGCGGCGUUUGCCACUCGUGGUUCCCCGAGCGCGACGAGUACGUGGCGCACAUGAAGAGGGAGCACGGAAAGUCGGUGAAGAAGUUCCCGUGCCACCUGUGCGAGCGCUCCUUCUGCUCCGCGCCCAGCCUGCGCCGCCACGUCCGCGUCAACCACGAGGGCAUCAAACGCGUCUACCCCUGCCGGUACUGCACGGAGGGGAAGCGAACGUUCAGCAGCCGCCUGAUCCUGGAGAAGCACAUCCAGGUGCGCCACGGCCUCUCCGGAGCCGACGGCCGCGGCCUGGAGCUGCCCGCGGGGCGCGGAGCCGGCGGCCAGGCUCCGUGCCGGAAGCGCAAACUCUCCUCGGACGAUUCGUGCAGCGAGGAGCCCGACAGCACCACCCCCCCCUCCCAAACCCCGCACCCCAAACCCCCCAAGGCCCCGUUCCGCUGCCGCAAGUGCGGCUUCGCCGCCGCCGCCCGCGCCGAGCUCCAGGCGCACCUGGCCCAGCACCGCGGCAACACCGCGACGACGACAACCGGAACAACAACCGGAACGACCACCGGAGCGACAACAGGCGGCAGCCAACAGUGCCGCGAGUGCGGGCUCUGCUUCGCCUCCCCCGGCUCCCUCAGCCGCCACCGCUUCAUCUCCCACAAGAAGAGGAAAGGCUCGGAUCCCGCCGAGGAGCCGGGAAGCGCCUCCCGAGGGAGCGGAGACGGUGCCGGGGGUACAGGCGGAGGAACAGGCGGAGGAGGUACAGGCGGAGCGGCGCAGGGGAAGUUGGAGUGCAAAGUUUGCGGGAGAGGAUUCGAGAGUCAGCUCAACCUGAAAACGCAUUUCCGGACCCACGGAAUGGCGUUCAUCCGCGCGCGGCAGGGAGCCGAGGAGAACUGAGGAUUCCCGGGAAUUCCUGGGAUUCCCGGGAUUCUGGGAUUCCUGGGAUUCCUGGGAUUCUGGGAUUCUGGGAUUGGCUUCAUCCGCGCGCGGCAGGGAGCCGAGGAAAACUGAGGAUUCCCGGGAAUUCCUGGGAUUCUGGGAUUCUGGGAUUGGCUUCAUCCGCGCGCGGCAGGGAGCCGAGGAAAACUGAGAUUCCCGGGAUUCUGGGAUUCCUGGGAUUCUGGGAUUCUGGGAUUGGCUUCAUCCGCGUGCGGCAGGGAGCCGAGGAGAACUGAGGAUUCCCGGGAUUCUGGGAUUCUGGGAUUCCUGGGAUUCUGGGAUUCUGGGAUUGGCUUCAUCCGCGCGCGGCAGGGAGCCGAGGAGAACUGAGAAUUCCUGGGAUUCUGGGAUUCCUGGAGUUCUGGGAUUGGCUUCAUCCGAGGAGAACUGAGAUUCCCGGGAUUCUGGGAAUGGCUUCAUCCGCGCGCGGCAGGGAGCUGAGGAGAACUGAGGAUUCCCGGGAUUCUGGGAUUCCUGGAGUUCCUGGGAUUCUGGGAUUCUGGGAUUGGUGUUCAUCCGCGCGCGGCAGGGAGCCGAGGAGAACUGAACAUUCCCGGGAAUUCCUGGGGUUCUGGGAUUCUGGGAUUCUGGAAUUCUGGGAAUGGCUUCAUCUGCGCGCGGCAGGGAGCCGAGGAAAACUGAGAUUCCCGGGAUUCUGGGAUUCCUGGGAUUCCUGGGAUUCUGGGAUUCUGGGAUUGGCUUCAUCCGCGCGCGGCAGGGAGCCGAGGAAAACUGAGGAUUCCCGGGAAUUCCUGGGAUUCUGGGAUUCUGGGAUUGGCUUCAUCCGCGCGCGGCAGGGAGCCGAGGAAAACUGAGAUUCCCGGGAUUCUGGGAUUCCUGGGAUUCUGGGAUUCUGGGAUUGGCUUCAUCCGCGUGCGGCAGGGAGCCGAGGAGAACUGAGGAUUCCCGGGAUUCUGGGAUUCUGGGAUUCCUGGGAUUCUGGGAUUCUGGGAUUGGCUUCAUCCGCGCGCGGCAGGGAGCCGAGGAGAACUGAGAUUCCUGGGAAUUCCCUGGGAUUCUGGAAUUCCUGGGAUUGGCUUCAUCCGAGCCCAGCAGGCAGCCGAGGAGAACUGAGCAUUCCCAGAAUUCCCGGAAUUCCCAGGAUUCCGGGAUUGGCUCCCAAAGCGGCCUCGAGCAGAACGGAGCAUUCCCAGGAAUCCCGGAAUUCCCACAAUUCCAGGAUCAGCCCUCAGCGUGCCCGGGAAUCUCAGAAUUCCCGGAAUUCCGGGUUGGGCUCCAAGGCCGGGAUUUGGCGCCGUGUACAUAAAACCCCCGGGAAACGCCGGAUUCGGGGGAAGGAUUUGGGAAUUCCGGGAUUCCUGGGGGCUCUUCCCAGGAAUUCCUGGAUCCGGGGAAGCUUUUCCAGCAAAAUCCAAUUUUUUUAUUUUUUAAUUUUGGGGGUUUUUUGGGCUUUUGUUUGAUUUUCCUGGAAUUUUUUUCCUGGAAUUUUUUUCCUGGAAUUCUUUUCCCCAUUGGGAACCGUUCCCGGUGUGCUCUGGGAAGGAAUUCCUGGAUCCGGAGCCUGGGAAUUCCGGAGGAUUCCUGGGAAUGACGUUCGGACACUCCCGAGGGAGGAGAAAGAAAUAAAAAAAGAGGAAAAAAUCGGGAAAAGGGAAGGAAAACUGGGAAGAAAAAAAAAAAUGGGAAAAAAACUGGGAAAGGAAUUUUUCCUUUGGGAAUGAACAACAACCCAAAAUUCCCAGGAUUGGAAAAAGGAUCCAGGGAAUCCCAGCCAGGAUUGGAAUCCCAAAUUCCAAUUUUUCCCGUGGGAAAAGUGGGAAAACCUCUCCGGAAUUCCGGACCGAGCUCCGGGGGCUUUUCCAGCUCCUUUUCCCAACCCUUUCCCAGCUUUUUUCCAGCUCCUCCUUUCCCUCGGGAUCCGGGAACUUUUCCCGCCUCAAAUCCCCCUCUGGAAAAGCCGGGAAUUCCCGGAAUUCCCUGUGGAUAACUCCCCCCUUUCCCUGUAAAGUUGUAUCAUACACUAAAAUCCAUCCCAACAA